AUGGAUGAAGAGUGUGAGGAAAGGGCCAGAAUCCUGUGGGACUACCUUUGUCUACAUCAGCGUCUGGAAAAAAGUGAUGUAAUAAUCGGUCAAAUUGGGUGUCAUGACCUUCGGGUUGCUGAAAGUUCAGCGGCUCUCUUUUUGGAAGGAUGGGCUCCUCUGCUGCUCUUCACAGGAAACAUGGGCAAGCAGACUGCAGGUGUGUGGACUAGACCAGAGGCUGAGGUUUUUCUGGAUGUAGCUCUGCGGAUGGGGGUUCCCAGGAUGAACAGCUUGUUGGAGACUGAAGCCACAAACACUGGGGAGAAUAUCCGCUUUUCUCAUAGAGUCCUCAAGGAGAGGAACAUCCCAGUCUCCAAAGUAAUCUUGGUGCAGCAGCCCUUCAUGGAACGAAGGGUAUAUGCCACCUUCAUGUGUCAGUGGCCUAGGCGGGGUGAGCUCAUAAAUGCCAUUGUGACUUCAACCCAGUUAAGCAACUUUGAUUACUCUCAUCCAACUGUCGGCACAGCCUCUGAUCUCAUCUGUUACAUGCUGA